CCGGAGGGAAAACUGGGCUUCGCAGCCUCCCUCCGGGAAUGCCACCGCGGAGGGCACGCCCGCUCCGCAGAACCCGAGCGCCCAUUGGUGGGCGAUGUCGUCACUCCUGGUGACGUCAGCGCCAGGAAAGGGGAGGAGCCAUAGAGACGGCCGCGGGCCCGUCUAGCUUGGGGCGCCGGGGCGGGGGCCUCGGGAAGGGGCUGGAGGACUGAGCGGCCGGCCGUUCGCGGGAGCCGGCCCAGGAGGUAGGGGUGGGCCGGCCACAUCCGCGGGCAGGGACCCGGCGGACCGCGCCCGCCUUUUCCCGGCGGAGCCCGCUCCCCCGGCUUCUGGUGUGUCCCCCACCGGCGCCCAGUGUGUCCCCGACCGCUUCCAGGUGCCCAGCGCGCUCUCCGCGCCCCCUGGCCCGCCCAACAGCCUCGGAGCUCAGUCUCCGCGCCCCCUCUUUCGUGCUUCACUUCCUCCCUUCUCUUCGGUACCCCGUGUCCUGCUUCUCGUCUGCCUCCCAUAAACCCGGAUCGCCGGCCUGCACCACGCCCGCACCAAAUACACUCCAGAAGAAACACUGCAGACCCCGCCGCACCAGACACAGCCCGUCCACACCACGCGCGCCAGAGCCACCGGCAGAGGGAGGCGAGGGCGCAGGGUGCCCAGAUCCCCCAGAGCCGGAAGACGAGGGAGGCGGCGGCUGCGGCUCCGGGUCCUUAUGUUGACUAGUUGAAACAAAUAUAAAUAUGGCUGUCUACUGUUAUAAUAAAGUCUUAGUUUUUGCCCGAACAAGAUUCCCUAGCCAUUUUGUACAUCCCACCUGCUCUUCUUGUUUCCCAUCACUUGCAUUUCUUCACUUGCCAGAUUCCCAUUUAAAUAAAACAUUUGUGAAGAACUAUGGAAGCAGGAAGUACUCCUAUCCUAGUCAGUCAGGCAAUAAAGGACAUCACUUACCAACUAGGAUAACACAAAAGCUACACACAUCAACUUGCUGGCUACAAAAGGUCCCUGAUGGACCUCAGCUGGAGCAAACCCCCCCAAAACCACAGGAGACAAGCUCUCAGCCCACAAAAGAAACUGGUAUGGAGACGAAGGAAGAAAAGCAAUCUUAUGGACAAAGAAUUAUGGGUGAACUUAAACAUUAUUACAAUGGAUUCUAUUUUCUUUGGCUUGACACCAAAGUUGCUGUCAAAAUGAUUUGGAGGCUGUUGCGUGGACAUGCGCUGACCAGACGAGACAGACGAAAGCUAUUGAGGACUUGUGUUGAUUUCUUCCGCUUGGUUCCAUUUAUGGUGUUCAUAAUUGUACCCUUCAUGGAAUUCUUAAUACCAGUGUUUCUGAAAUUCUUCCCAGAGAUGUUGCCAUCAACUUUUGAAAGUGAAUCCAAAAAGGAAGAAAAACAGAGAAAGAAAAUGGCUGCAAAGUUGCAACUAGCAAGAUUUCUUCAAGAAACAAUUUCAGAAAUGCCAAAGAGGAACAGGAGCAAGCUGGGAGAGGCAUCUAUGCAGCAGUUCUCAUCCUAUGUCAAAAAGGUCCAAAUAGGCCACAGGCCCAGCACAAAGGAGAUAGUUAGCUUUUCCAAACUGUUUGAAGAUGAGCUAACCCUGAAGGACUUACAUCGACCACAGCUGAUUGCCCUUUGCAAACUGCUAGAAGUGCAGUAUUUUGGAACCAACAAUUUGCUCCGCUUUCAGCUUCUGAUGAAACUGAAGUCUAUAAAGGCAGAUGAUGAAGCAAUUGCCAAUGAAGGGGUGAGUGCUUUGAGUGUGCCAGAACUACAAGCUGCCUGUAGGGCCCGAGGGAUGAGAUCACUGGGUCUCACUGAGGAACAACUGACCCAACAGCUCACAGAGUGGCAGGACCUCCACCUGAAGGAGAACGUCCCCCCUUCUCUUUUGCUCAUGUCAAGAACCUUCUAUCUGAUAGAUGUGAAGCCAAAGCCAAUUGAGAUCCCACCAAGUGGAGAGGCUCCGAAGAUAGAUAGUCCUGUGGAAUCACCUACUUCACCUGAAUCUAAAGAGAACUUGGUGGACUUAGCACCUCAACUGAAGGGAACUAAGGAUGAAAAGUUUAUACAACUGCCACCAAUUACAUCAUCACCCAUACCACCAUCAGCACCUAUUUCAUUACCUAAAGAAUCCGUGACUUCUGCUAAAGAAGCUACGUUCCAGACCAAAUCACAAGACAGCCCAGAGCAGCGCCAAUAGGGAGCAGAAGGACGCCUGGAGGAUGAAGCUCACGCUCUCAACUUCCUGCCCUCAGCAGUGGCAUUCAUAAAGGACCUCCCAGCUCAGAUGGGGUCUAGUUUGAAUAGAGGAUCAGGGGCAGUCCUUUUGAGACCUUGUAAACACUCCAGAUGAUGUCAGCAGUCAGACCAAGUUCAGACCAUUUAGAAAACUAUAAUUGCAAAACCCAUUUCCUCUGUGUCAUUAUGUCAUCCCACUAAACUUUGUGUAAAGCACCACCCCCCCCUCCACCCCAUGUUGUUUUUAACAGCUUCAUAUUUGUGCCCAUUUCCUUCCUUCAGGGGAGGAAUUUUUAUUUAUUUAUUUUUUUUGCAUAAUGUAAUCAGCUUAGUCCUUAGACAACUCUGCCUCCUGUGACUUGGCAACCUGAGUAAAGAACUUGGAAAACUCCAAAUACCAUUGUAAGAGCACCUCACCAAUUCUUUCAGAGUGACCCACCGGUAGGAGCAGUGCUCUGGAAACAAAGUGCUCAUGAGAUGGAAUGGAUAUUCCUCAGUGCGGUCUUUCUGGAUAGAAAGAAAAAAACUUCCUGGAGGAUAGAAUGAGGAAUUAGACUGGCAACCCAAAAAGGUUUGGCUGCUGCUCGGCUGUUGCGAGACUUCCCCUCUGGGUCUGCGGGAAUCUGGGAGGCUGCCAUGAUCCUAGCACACAUGGCUUUCAUUAGCCACCAUUUUGCUAGGAAGCAUAAUUAAGGGUUUAAGACUUAACCAUUUGUUUGUGCUGGGUGUGUUUUUCUGGUCUGUCUUUCACAAACGAGACUCUUUAUUAGUCAUAGGAGUAAUUAAAGUCUGAUAUAAUCCCCACGCUACCCUGUAACAAAUAUUAUGUUUCAGACAUUUGCUUGGUGUUUUCUGUAUUGUCAAAACGGAAAAGAAAAACAACAUCCUAGAUUGCUGUGCAGCUGACCCACAGCCCUUUUCCCUUGGGGAGCGCUUAGGAGGGAAAAGGUAUUUCGGCCUGUGGGUGAUGAAAUCAGAUCUCUUGACUUGCUGUGAAACUGAAAGCAGUUGGAUGGGAAUCAGUCAAACUAAAUAAAAAUGCAAAUAUCCUUGAGGACCAUCAUCAGCAUUUCACAGCAAGAACAUGCGCUUUUUAUAAGCUUCCUAAACUUCCUCCUCUCCACGAGAAGACAAGCUCCACCAUGUCCUGCUAAUGAACUCCGCCCUGUUCCUUGAGAAGAAUGAAUCCCUACUAUGCAGCGUUCCAUGGAUCUCCCCAUUGGACUAACAAGGUGAUUCAUAAUAAAUAACCCCCCCCCCCCUUUAAA